AUGAUUGAUUUAAUUGUAAUCCACACUAAUGCCGAGAUAGCAAUAAAAUGCGUUAAAUACAAGGAUGUAAAAACCACCCAGAGAAAGACAGAUUCCAAUGAAGUAAGAGCUCUGAUCGGUAUCCUUACGUUAAUUGCAGCAAUGAAGGAAAAUCAUUUACCAUCAAGGGAGCUUUUUGAUUUUACCUUUUGUGGCAAUCGAUACCGAAGUACUAUGCCUAAUGAGAGAUUUGAUUUUCUUAUAAACUGCCUCAGAUUUGAUGAUAAGUAUAAGCGCGAACAGCGAAGAUUGACUGACGUAUAUGCCCCUUUUCGAGAUAUGUGGGAUCUUUUUAUAACUGCAUGUCAAGAGAACCAGAAACCUAGUUGCUACCUUACCAUUGAUGAACAGUUAUUGGGUUUCAGAGGCAGAUGCCCUUUUAGAAUUUAUAUUCCCAAUAAACCCAAUAAAUAUGGUGUGAAAAUUGAAAUGUUGGUAGAUAAUUCUACAAAGUAUAUGGUGGAUGCCGAGCCCUAUCUAGGUUCUUUUACUAAAACCGAUGGACUCAACGUGCUAACAAAAGGAAAGGCUACCCUUAGAAUUACAGCACGAGCGUACCCGGAAGACAGGAACAGCUAUUUUCUGUUAUGA